AUGGCUGCGAAUGAGAUUCAAUUUGCAAAAAAUGUUUCACUCAAUGAAGCACUUGCAAUGCUUGAAGAGGACGAAGAAAUGGUUGGACGAGUUGAGAAUAUUACCAUGUUACCACCAAUAAAUGCGUGUGGUAAUCUCACUGACGAAGAUUCAGGUGAAGAAGAUCAAAUGUCAAUAAAUAAUUUACCAGGUUCUCAAUUGCAAGCAACUGUAGAAUUGUUUGGUGAUCAUGUUAGUAGUUCGUAUGAUACUGAUGAUAAUAUCCCAUUAUCAGAGUUGGCCAGAAAAUUUCAAAACAAGAAAAAAAAUGUACAAAAAAAGGAAAACUUAUCAUUUUAUAAAAAAUGAUUUACCACCAAGUUUUUGUGAUGAAUCGCAAGAAAACUUUUCUUCUGAAAACAAAACACCUCUUGAGUGGUCCUAGAUUUUUUUGAUAAAGAUCUUAUAAACCUAAUAACAACUGAAACAAAUAGAUACGCUAAACAAAAGAAUCGUUUUCAAGAAGUUCUGGAAUCCGAAAUAAAAGCUUUUCUUGGAGUUCUUAUUAUUAGUGGAUACGUAAUUACUCCACGACGA